UGACCUGACGUAAAUAUACUCUCUACUAUUCCCCUCUCACACUUUCCUCUUUCAAACAACCAACAUUCUAUUCCUCUCUCUAGGGAUUCCCAAUCCCUAAACCAAACCCUCGCUCCCUGCCUCAACAUGCCCUGAAUUUCCAAUCCGAUCGCUGCUUUCCAGUCAAAACACUUCAUAUUCCUUUUGGUGUAAUUUCAGCUGGAUUUUCUCCUAGGAUUUCUAUGUCAUGGAAGAAAACUUAUCCACCAGCACUCUGAUUGACUCGACAGCCUCUAAGAUACAACAACUUCAGAAGGCAUUUGCAGAACUUGAAAGUCAUCGAGCUGUGACUCUCAACGUGAAAUGGAAGCAACUAGAAGAGCAUUUUCAUGGACUUCAGAAGUCUCUGAAGAGGCGUUUCACAGAACUGGAGGAACAAGAAAAAGACUUCGACAAUAAAAUAGUUGAAUCUAAAGAGAUGUUGGAGAAGCGCAAGACGGCAGUAAUGACAAAGGAGCAAGCUUCACUUCAGCGACUUCAAGAGAAGCGGGAUGCUGCUGUCUCAGCUAUUAUAACUGCUAUGGGAAAGUGUGAUACGCCUUUAUCUGUGGAUUCAGGUGCCUGUAAUAGUGAAAAUAAAAUGGAAGAGCCUGUUACAGAUGAAAAGAUACCAGCCACGCUUGUAAUUGAGGGUAACAUGAAUGUCAUGAAAAGGUCUGCUGGAUGUAUGAAUGUGGAGGUCAAGUCGUACCCGGAGUUAGUAAAAUUGUGCCAAGAGAUGAAUUCAGAAGGCCUACACAAAUUUAUAUCAGACAACCGCAAGAACCUUGCUGCUUUAAGGGAGGAAAUUCCCAUCGCACUUAAGGCUGCUGCUGACCCUGCCUCUCUUGUUCUGGACUCUCUGAAGGGUUUCUAUGGCACGGACAUGCCAAAUGUAGAUGCUAAAAAAGAUUCUAAUCUAUUGGGCCUUCGCCGCACUUGUAUCAUGCUGAUGGAGUGCCUAUGCAGUUUAUUCAUAAAUCUGGAUGCAAACACCAUCUCUGCUUUUAUCUCAGAAAAUGCUAAAGAAAGAGCAAAAUUGAUAGCUGAAGAUUGGCAACCGAAGUUGGAUGAUCUUGAUGCUGAUGCCAGCAACGGAAAUUCGUUAGAAGCACAUGCAUUCCUACAACUUCUGGCUACUUUUGGCAUUAAUUCACGUUUUGAUCAGGAGAGCUUAUCCAAGUUAAUACCCAUGGUUUCUCGCCGUCGUCAGACAGCUGAGUUAUGCCGUUUUCUCGGUUUGUCGGACAAAAUGCCAGGUGUGAUAGAUGUUCUGAUAAAGAAUGGAAGGCAUAUUGAUGCUGUAAAUUUGGCAUUUGCUUUUGAGCUCACUAAUCAGUUUCCACCCAUUUCACUACUGAAAUCAUACUUGUAUGAGGCCAGAAAAGCGCCGUCACCUGCCAAAUCUGGAAAUGUGUCCCCUGGUGCUUCUCGACAGGUUGAUGUCAACGAGAAAGAGCUGACUGCACUCAAAGCCGUGAUCAAGUGCAUUGAAGAUCACAAGCUCGAGGAGCAAUUUCCCAUAGAGCCACUCCAGAAGCAGCUCCUCGAGAUUGAGAAAGCUAAGGCGGACAAGAAACGUGCGACAGAAGUUGCCAAACCACAACCCAAAAGACCGCGUGCAAAUGGUGUUGGGCACGCACCCCGUGCUGCUAACGACAAGAACUUCCAUGGAAGGUAUCCACAAUACAUCUAUGAACGACCUUAUGCUUACACCGAGCACCAUGUUCCUUCGUUUAUGAGUGCUCCGACAUAUAACUUUUCUCCGAGCCAUGGAAGCUUCUUCCCGAGUCCCUACCAGUACCAAACUGCAUACCUGCACUAAUGACUAGAGAUCGAUGCUGAGACUGAUGAUCAAUCCGUUAACUACUAGUGUUAACCCGCUCCAAUUUCUUCAUGUAAUGUUGAACCUUUCAGCAACUUAGUAUUUGGGAAAAGAAGGGAUUAAAUAGCCUUAUUAAUUCCUAGACUGUUGUAAAAGCUAAUGUGAUGAUACUCUAAUUGUUGUACUGUUUCUAAUGUUUGUGAUGUUGUAUUAAUCUUCUUACGCA